UUUACAUAAACCUCUACUUUGCAGGACGUGCUGGUUCAUCGCUAAGAAAAAGAAGAAAUCAUGAAAAUCGUCACCUGCAGAGCUCCUGUGAACAUAGCAGUCAUCAAAUAUUGGGGAAAGAGAAAUGAACAGCUUAUCCUUCCGGUCAACUCUUCCCUCAGUGCAACACUCCACAUUGAUCAGCUCUGCACCAAGACUACUGUGGCUGCAAGCAAUGCAUUCCAGAGCGACAGAAUAUGGCUCAAUGGAAAGGAACAGUCAUUAGACAAUCCACGCCUUCAGAAAUGCCUUCGAGAAAUUCGUCAAAGAGCUCGUAAGAGGAAGAGCUCUCCAUCCAAGGAUGACAGCUCAUCAGCUGGGGAAGGAGGCUGUGACCCAGAGCAGAUGCUGGACUGGCAUGUGCAUAUCUGCUCAGAAAAUAACUUCCCGACGGCAGCCGGACUUGCUUCGUCAGCAGCCGGCUAUGCUUGCUUGGUUGCAUCGCUAGCUCAGGUUUACGGUGUGGAAGGCAAUGUGUCUGACAUUGCCAGGCAGGGAUCGGGCAGCGCGUGUCGCAGCAUGUAUGGUGGCUUUGUGGAGUGGCUGAUGGGACGCAAAAGAAACGGAGAAGACAGCAUCGCCAAGCAAGUUGUAUCAGAAGACUACUGGCCUGAAAUUCGAAUCCUCAUCUUAGUGGUGAGUGACCAGAAGAAAGCCACCAGCAGCACCACAGGCAUGCAGGCAACCGUUCAGACCAGCCCACUGCUCAAGUAUCGGGCUGAUGUGGUGGUACCCGAGAGGAUGGCUGCCAUAGCAACUGCAAUCAAGGAAAGGAACUUUGAAUCAUUUGCAGAAUUAACUAUGAAGGACAGCAAUCAGUUCCAUGCAGUGUGUCUAGAUACCCAUCCACCCAUCUCCUACAUGAAUGAUACAUCCAGAACUAUUGUCAGACUGGUGCAUGGCUUCAAUGCAUUCCACAAUCAGACUAAAGCAGCGUACACAUUUGAUGCAGGACCCAAUGCUGUUAUCUUCACCCUGGAGGAUGAUGUGGAAGAGCUUCUCUCUUUGGUCAAUUAUUUCUUCCCUCAAGGAGAAGAGACAAACGGGGCUUCUUUCAUCAGGGGAAUUCCUGCAGAUUUAAAGACACCUAGUGAGGAGCUUCAGGCUGCUGUGCCCUUUGACCCCCGGCCCAACAGCCUACGCUACAUCAUCCACACCAAGGUGGGACCAGGGCCGGCAACUGAGGAGGACUCGUCUCAGCACCUGCUAGACCGAGAUGGGCAACCAAAGAACUUGCCCAAGUGAAGCGCUUGUCUUCAACCCUUCUGAAAUAGUCCAACUUAAUACUCAGGUCUAAAAAUCGGAUUGCUCUUCAUCAGAAUCAUCCUCGGUUUGGAAAUCUUGGACGAUAGUGACAACACUAACGAAGAAUCAAACUAAAUAAAUGAAACUUGAAAUUUUUGAACCAAGUUGUCUCAAGGCUCAUUUUUAACUAGAUUCUGAAUGAUGAAGUUCAAGUUACACUAGACUGUUUACUAGUAAAUCUCUUUUGAACUGUAAUUCUCUGCAAGACAACUCCUUGCUUUGUAUAAAUAUUCAAUGUACUGACAGUACUCCACACCAGAAUAAAUCUUUCUUUUGUGCAGUUCAAUAAAUACUUCAGAUUAAAAUUCAAAACUUGAUUUUGUUACAGUUUAGCUUAUACAUGUAGUUUGUUUCAGCUGGUUGAUUAGUUUUAGAGGGUAAGACUGCAGGAUUUAGCACAUUGCGGAAAGCGGAAUUUUCAGCUAAACUUAUAUGGACAUAAUGUUGGCUCUAAGCAUAUGGAACAAAUGCUUGUCUUUUUGCCUAGCAGCAUUUGUACAAAAAUAUGAACAUAACGGCCAAGAUGAGCACUGUUAUACUGAGGGCAUCCUCUUUGAAAAUUUGUAUCCUGCUAUCAUUUAGUUUGUCACUUUUUUGGUUAGGUAUCAGGAAACUUUUUAAUAUGCACUGUUAGACAUUACUAUGCAAACUGACAAUGUGGCCAUUUUCUAGAAAAUCAGGAAUUUCAUGCAAAAGUUUAUGCUGGUAUGUGUGAAUGCAACUGGUAGCUUUGGAAUCGGAAUGAAUUGAAGGAAAGUCAGUGAUAAAAAAUGCUGGUAUGUGACAUGAAUGAAUGGACAACAGCACAAAUUAAAAUAUUAUUAUGCAGACUGCAUGUUUACUUUCUCCUUUGGGAACAUUUUGAAUUUGAAGAAUUAACAUAUCAAUAAACUACCAUGCAAACAUUUUUCGGUAUAAAGUACUGGCAUAACAGAUCAUGAAAAACAAGAUCAAAAAAAAGAUUAUAAAAACUGCCAAAGUUUUUGCAAAUUAUUCCACAAUCUACAGUAUUGUAAAGAAUUUGGAAUUACAUUUGCAAGCAGAUGAAA